ACGGCGUAGAUUACGUUAUACAAGAGCAAGUAACAAAGCACCAAACGCGGUUGCCCAUAUUGGGCAAGCCGGUUGAAGGGGUUUAAAAGUCGGAGGACUAAGCUGAGCUAUCGUGAGACUUACAGAAAGCUUGUAAUUAUGAACAAGGGGUACACCAUGGGACGUGCAAGGAUUAGCCUGAUAUCUAUAAUAGGUAUUCUAAGUAUAGCGUUUGCAGUUGAAGUCCACUUUGAAACGCCUGAUAGUGGAUUUUUCCUGAAGCAUUCUCCACGACAAAGUGCGCUGGCAUCAGUGGUAUCGGGUGCAACAUCUACGAAUGGCAAGUCACGAUCAUCUAACGGAGAUUCCUUGCUUUCGGUGGACCGAUUCACGGUAGUACAAACUAGUCAACCCGUGUCUGUACGAGCUAGUUAUGGGCCGUUUUCUACAAAGCAAACGGUACCCGCUCGGUACAUCGUACCGGACGUUCUCGACAGCACAAAUCGUGACGGAAACUCGUCGCAAAAUACUACCGCAGCAUUAAUGGACUUGCAGCAGCAAUCAAAUCUUCAUCUGGACAUAUCAGCCCACGUGGUCCGGAGCAGCGUGGCCCGCGAUUCACCGGUGCUACGCGUUCUAUUUCAUGCGGGUGCCGACCCUGGUGGUCAUUUACAGCGGCAAAAAAUAUGUGUGCUACUGCACGCUUCCAUGGGUAACAGGACCCCUCUCAAAGGCAAAUGUAUGCCGGAAGGCGAAGAUGGGGUAUGCGUCGCGGAAGUAAUUAUACCAUCCAACUGGUGGCCUCCGUUACCACCUCCAGAAAGAGAUGGCCGUGUAUCGAGUACUCCACAGAAAAGCCCUCAGAGAUUAGUGCAAGUGUCUUAUAGUGUGUUCGAACCGCCUGUUAGAAGUCCAGAACUUUGUGAGCCGAAAGUGCAGAUUCAACCGCUAACGCCAUUUGCGAAAAUUCCCUUAAGUCAAUCACAAUUGCCAUACAAAGAACUUCGCGCAGAUAAUACGCUUACAAUGAUGGUACCACAGAUACCAUUGUAUCCGCUUUCAAAAAUUCACGUUCCAGUUUUUCUACAUCCUGACAACGGGCAAAAUGUUGCAGUAUUCAUAGUAAGAGCUCGUGUAAAGGCUGGUAUGCGUAUUCUAGGCGCUGUAGCAUCAUCGGACGAAUGGAAUGUUUCAGUAGAGAAAGAAAACACAAAGCACACUGUGGCUCGUGUUACUGCUUUUCGUAAAGAUCAGGAUCCAGAUAGCCCUUCCGGAAAAGUACGCUUUGAUGAUGCGUCUUCAGCUGAGAGUGUGGUGGAAGUUUUUUCAUGGUUACUUGAAGUUUCUAAUGACACCAAGGAAUAUUGGGAUGGCGGAAGAGUAAUUUGGUCCGUUAGCUAUGUACAUGAUGGACCGAAAAUGAAGCUGGAUUUGUCCACAGAGUCAUCACAGACCGGCAGCGCCGUACUACAAGAAGAAGGUCGAAAGAAGAUAGUGGCAAAACUUGAAAUACAGAAGGAUGAUAUUCAAGCUGUUUUACCUAUUGCAAAGAACUGGGAGCUUAUGAAUACGGCCGUUCUUACCGGAAGACAAGUGUCGCAGGCCAUGAAAGUUUUUAUAGUAUCACAGGCGGGAAAGAUGGCCGAUGUCACACUCCAGAGUUCGUGUCAGACGGAGGAUGAAAGUGUGAUAAAGGUAUCAUCGUCAUGCAGCUCCGUUUAUGUGGAUGGAUCAGAAGUGAGAGGUUCGUCUAAUGCUUCAAUACAGGUUAAAUAUGGAACGUAUUCCGGUCUAGCACGAUUCACAGUAUGGAUGCCAGAGUUUCCCUUAGAGGUAUCUGUUGCUGAUUUUCGAUUGUCGCAGAUCAAAGGUUGGAAAAUUCCUGAGGAUCAUAGCACCACAAACGGCAAGCCAAAUCGUCGCAAAAAGCGAGCAUACGGUAACAGUGGUGGUUGGAGUCAUCCCAGUGAUGAUUUUAUAAAUGGUAUCUCUCCGGAAAGAGGCGUGUGCCGUGCCAGAUAUCAACAAAGUCCAGUAGAAGUAUAUGCAAGGUUCGUAGCAGUGGACCAAGAUUCAGGGCGCGUUAGCUAUUUAAUUUCGCGCCGAACUGGUCUUCGAGUGACGGAUUUGGUUCAAACUCUACUGCGAGUUGCAGACCCAAAAAUUGCCAGUUUACGAGGACGAACUCUUCAAGGGCGUGCCAUGGGGCGUACGGAUGUGCAGGUUCUCUCUCCUAUUAAUGGAAGAGUAAUAGGUGCUCGUGAAGUGCGUGUUGGUAGCGAUAAAGUGACCAUAACUCGUUUGAUGGUAAAAGUUGUUUCUGGUUUGCAAUUAUCAAUAUCUGGCGAUGGUUCCAUUGAUAACGGUUACAUUGCCGAAACCUCUGUUACACGAAGGUUAACCGCACAGUACCAAGAAGGUCUACUUGACAUUGAACUAGAAUUUUCUGAUGGAUCCAGGACACCGCUUAGGGAUAUUUCGGUUGAUGAUUACUUCCUACUGGUCGAAAGUCUUGAUACAGAAGUAGUUGCAUUUGCACCAAUGCUUGCCUCGCAUCACCCACGAGUAAUUGCGGUUGGAGAAGGUAACGGAGAGUUGCUACGAGUUACUUUACUACUGUCCGAGGAAUGCCGUAUUCGUCGCAAUAUGCCUGUCUCUAAACAGGGUAUGAAGACGUCUGUUGGUCCGUUGGUUAGUGCGCUUGCGUCCGUGCAAGUUGAUUUCAGUGGAUCGGAUACGAAUACCAGAUCCGAUACAUUGCAAAAUGAUGGUGCUGUAGGACGAGAUCGAAACAAAUUGGGGAAAGAAUUGAAUGAUUUGGAAGACAUUCUUAUUGGUAUCCCACUGAAGGAUGAUAACGGUCAUGAAUCAGCAGCUGUUGUACAUUCUUCCAGACAACACCAUCGCGGAAGUGUUGGCGGUGGCGGAAUUAUCAGCAGUAACAGUGGAAUGGUUGGAGUUUUCUCUUCGAACAAAAGUAUGGUGCAUGGUGAUGUAGCCACUCUUGAAAUAGGCAUGUACAUAGUGCUAGCAGCCUUUUGUUUGGCCAUCGCCGUGUUUGUGGUGUCAUGUGUCGUGUACGCAUCCAAGUAUCGACCGGUUAUGAUUGAUGCAAAUGGUGAUGCUAGUGUACGCGAUGGCAUGGGACAUUCGACAGUAUUUGAUGUUGGAAAAGGUAAUGAGUCGUGUGCAACUAAUGCGCACGAUUGGGUAUGGUUAGGUCGAGCGACUGUUGAUCGACCGAAUGCGGAUAACUUAGAAACGGGUGCAAGUCAUAAAGAUUCACGGAUGCACAUAAUCAGCAAUCCGAUGAAUUCAAAGUACGACGAUAUGGGCGAACAUGUCGUACAAAUCAACAGUUUCGAUAAUCCCAACCAUAUUCAGCUACCGUCAGCUGUGGCUGUACCUUUUCCUAAUGGCCGCGCGGGCUUCGUAGCAAAUGAGAAAACGGUUACAUCAAUAAACUCCUGUACAUAUAAGACGCGGGAUCGGCACAAUCGAAAUAUAAACGAUGAUGCGUGUUUUCUUCCACAACGCAGUACUGCAACGACGGUUGUAGAUCGUAUCGAAUACCGUCCACCAGUACCACCACAUCGUAAUAUAGGCGUAACUGCGCAUGUUUCGAACAAGCAACAGCCCAUUGAGGCUGCUCCUCAGUUAAAAGCUUCGAAACGCUAUCAUCAUCGUCCACCUAGAAACAGCGGUGGAAUAGCGCUCAGUAGUAGCAAUUGCUCAAGCACAAAUCCUGCUUUCGAUAUACAAUUGCAAAAUGUUUCUGGCUUACAACAGCGAAAUAUUAAUCAUACUCAGCAACAAAUAAAUUUAGCCCUCUUCAACAACGGCAAAUCUACGCAUGCAAAACAAUACGAAUCGGUGCAACCUGUACCGGCAAGAAGAACAAACAGAUCACCUCACUCGUUUGAAAACAUGGGCUUCUCUAUCAUGUCACUGUCUAACACUGAAGAGAAUAGAGACAAAAAUCAUCCACAGCAUCGGCCUCCAAAAGAACUGCACAUGGCUGAACGUUUAGUAGAGCAACCGAAUGGUCAGCAGACGGCAUUUAAAUUUGACACUAUUAAUCAACACCAAAAAUAUCAUCAGCCAUUCCUAUGUGCUAAGUCAACGGUCGAGGGGUCUAUAAAUUCUGACAAUAGAAGAAGUUCAGAUGAAGGACAACAUUUCCAGCAACAAAACAACAAACCUGUGGGCAAACCAACCAGUGGUGUUUGCAACGUCGUGAAAACAAAACACAUCGAGGAAGAUAGUCAAAACCAUAUGUCGCUCUCAUCCGAUGAUGAUGGAGGUUUUGCGGCAAAAGUGGAACAAUCCUGUAGAAAAAGUAAUAUCCACAUGGACAGUACUUCUCCAGUCCUUGAUGCCUCCACGAAUGCAGCAACGAAAAAACCUAACAAAAAACCCACUGUGGUAGGUAAUCCAAUGUUUUCAACUACGCCUGACAGUGAAUUGGGACCGGGCGAAAGUCUAGGAUUAGAUGACCUAGAUAUGGAUUACGAACAAAUUAUGCAUUACUUCGAUAAUCUGAAGGAAUCGAAUGCCUGAGUGCAGGAGAUCAUUGCAAAGAUUCGCGAAAUAUUAGCCACGUUUCAGCAGCAGUAUAGAAACGUGGCCAAAACACCGCUGUCCAGUCCAACAUGUAUUCCCGGUAUAAAAGAUCCUAACUUUGAGCAGUUUUUUGAACAUUUGAGUGAAUCUUACGCAUAAAUACGGAUAAGGCUAUUGUAAGUUUUACUGCUGCACUCCACGCAACACUUGCCUCAUAUCCCUGCAAAAGUAUAACAACGUUGUCAUUUCAAAAAUACUGAAUGAUGUAAUUACAAAACGUCCGUACAAAGUGACCACAAUCAGCGAUUGUGAUUUAUUGUUCUUAGAAAUAUUUUUGAAAAAUUUAUUUAUUAUUAGGUGCCAUAUCACCUAGCGAAGCUUAGUGUCAUAGCAUUUAUUAUCUUCAUACAUACCAGUGUUCGAGCGAGC